CGUUAACAUGAUUAGUUCUUCUCUAAAAGACAAAACCAGGUGCUUGCUGGGUAAGCAUUAUGAAGCACACAAAAUGAAGAAAAUUGUGGAUUGGCAUGCAGGUAAGUUUCCGGAUAGUGGACCGACCGCAAUUGGUCUGAUUAAUUACCUUUCAACACGCCCCACCCACCGACCGGCCGAUUUUCAAAAGGAAGAAAAGUGAAAAGCAAGCCCGAUGCACUUUACUCGGAAACUUCUCACCGGAAGACCGAUUGACUCACCAGACCAUUAAUCCGAUUAUAAUAGUAUCAGAUUCCCCUCCCUCCACAACAGGCAUUCCAUCCAGGUGCUGCUGGAACCAUAAUAUAAUGGCUGCAGCAGCAGCGCGGCCAAGCAAAACCUUUCCUGUUCGUCGUCUUCUAAUAAUCCCGGCCAUUCUGCUGCUUUUGCUGCUCUGCUGUAGCUCGCAAGCAGCCGACACUCUGACCCAAGGCGGCCCAGCCCUCGAUUCCAACUCCACCCUCAACAGCCCCGGCGGCUUCACCUUAGGCUUCUCAGCGUUCAGCUCGGACAACUCCAGCUGCCGCUACUUGGGAAUCUGGUGGAUUGACCAGUACCUCUACUGGGUAGCCAACCGCGACUUCCCUAUCUGCGACGACUCGGGACGCCUCGUCUUGGACCACAACGGAACCCUCAAGAUCACCUACUCCGGCGGCCCACCCCUCGUGCUCUACUCCUCCUCCUCCAACAACAACAAUAGAAACAGUAGCAAGAAACUGACCGCCGCGGUCGAAGAAAACGGCAGCCUCUCCGUGCGGGACGGUUCCAGUAAUCUGCUAUGGCAGAGUUUCGAUUCCCCUACGGAUUCCUGGCUGCCCGGGAUGAAACUGGGGGUGGUCAAUGACAGCGGCGGCCUGCAGAAUCGGAAGCUGACGUCACGGCUGAUCUAUUCCAUCCCGGCGAAAGGGUCCUUCACGCUGGAGUGGGAUCCCAAGAGGGAGGAGCUGGUGGUGAAGCGGCGAGGGGUUGAGUUCUGGGCCAGCGGCAAGCAAUUGGGGGCCGACAGAUUCCAGAAUAUGGACCUCAGGGGAUUCUCGGCACAGGGGAUAGAUUACAAUGUGACACGUGUCUCCAGCCCUGCCGACGGCGAGGACUAUUUGACUUUACGAGUUUCCAAAAACAGAAACAGCACCACGGGGUGGACCUUCAGCUACUUGCUGCUGGGCCACGACGGCCGGAUCGCGGACGAAACACUCGGCGCUUCGGCCCUGGACCCGGAUCUCUGCGACGGAAACAGCACGGAGAAUGGGUGCGUGAGAUGGCAGGGGCCGGAGUGCCGCCGGAGCAACGAAGACAGGUUUUACGUGCCGACGGAUCGGUCCAGGCUCCAUCGAUGGGACGUGGAGGGGAAUGGGAGUCUCAGCAUCAGCGACUGCAAGGAGUGGUGCUGGAAUCAUUGCCAAUGUGGCGGGGUCAGCUUAGAGAACAAUUAUAAUGGCAGUGGAUGUCGUUUUUACAGGUAUGGGGACUCUUAUACCGAUUUGAGAUAUCCCACAGCAGACACGUAUCGCCAAAUUAUCGGUAAAGCUCCCAGAAGAUACGACUACGCUCCUUCCACUGCCCCAAGUGCAGCCCCAUCAGCAAUUGAUCCUCCGGAUGCAGGAAAAGUCAAGAAUAGUAGUGGGAAGUGGGUAAAGAAGAGCGGGAAGUGGGUUUUGGUUGGAAUAGCAUUGCCCCUAAUGAUCCUCCUCAUACUUACCACGUUUUGGUACACGAGGAGGCGAAAACUCAGAGCAGAGUUGAUGGCUGCGGUGGAAGAUGAUGGAAAUGGAGGGCAUGAUCAUUUGACGGUUUAUAGUGUGGCAUUGAUUAUGACUGCUACAAAUAACUUUUCCCCUCAAAAUAAGCUUGGUCAGGGAGGGUUUGGACCCGUUUACAAGGGAAAACUACCAAAUGGGUUGGAAGUAGCUGUAAAGAGAUUGUCAGAAACAUCAGGCCAAGGAUUGAUGGAGUUUCGAAAUGAGCUAAUACUCAUAGCUAAGUUGCAACACAGGAACCUUGUUAAACUUUUGGGUUACUGCAUCCAUGGAGAAGAGAAGAUGCUAGUAUACGAAUAUAUGGCAAAUAAGAGUUUAGAUUCUUUUAUAUUUGACGAAUCAAAGAGAUCACAAUUAGAUUGGAAUGAGCGUUUCAAUAUUAUUGAAGGAAUAGCUCAAGGGUUAUUGUAUCUUCACAAGUACUCGAGAGUGAGGAUCAUACACAGAGAUCUAAAAGUUAGCAACAUAUUGCUAGACGAAAAACUUAAUCCAAAGAUCUCAGAUUUUGGAUUGGCACGUAUUUUCUAUACAAAUGCUUCCAAAGUUAACACAAACAGGCCAGCCGGAACAUUCGGCUAUAUGUCUCCAGAGUACAUCGUGGAAGGUGUUUUCUCCACAAAAUCUGAUGUCUUCAGUUUCGGCAUUAUGUUGCUGGAAAUUGUAAGCGGAAGGAAAAACUAUCGUCUCAUUCAACAAGAUCCACCGAUCAACCUCGUUGGAUAUGCAUGGAAGCUAUGGGAAGAAGGCACCCUAUUACAGUUAAUGGAUCCAUUCUUGAGCAAUAUCGAUAACUAUAAGGACCAGAUACUUAGAUGUGUUACCGUAGGGCUACUCUGCAUUGAAUACAAGGCAGAAGACCGACCGUCAAUGUCAGAGGCAAUAUCAAUGUUAAAUAAUCAAGUUGCAUCAUUGCCCAUACCAAAACAACCUGGCUUUACGACGAGGCCGGGAAGUAUUGGUUCUGAGAGAAGGAACCUGCCAAAUAAAUGUUCAGACAAUGAGGUCACCUUGACAACAAUGUGUGCUCGAUAGGUAGACAUCGAGGAUUUAAUAACUUUCUUCUUCUUCUUCUUUGCUUCUAGUAUGGAUCUUAGUAAUUAGUAUAGCAAUACGUAGUGUUCUCUGAAGGAAAUACGAGUAUCAUAAGUCAUAACCAGAUAAAAAUAUUAUUUAUAUUAAUUUGAUAUAUGUGUUAAUUUUCCCUAUGUUAAAAGGAACUAAUUUAUUGCAUAUCUUCGAUUGAGUCAUGAGAGUUUGACCAAACAGAAACUACAGGUCUAAAGACCAAAUUGGCUUAAAGAGAAACUAUAAUAUAAUAGGGAGCUUCUAGUCCUAGAUUAUAUUACUAGACGAGAAUCUGAAAUCCCAAAAUCUCGGAUUUUGGUAUGACACACAUUUUCAAUACUAAUACAUUGGAAGAUAGCACAAAUAGGCUCGUCGGAACUCGGAACAUGAUAAGUAGCUUCUCGGAUGUCCUCACCCACCAUACUAUGUUUACUUCAGUGGUGGUCACAUUUUUUUAUCAUGUAUAAGUUGGAAGGAUCCCUAACGUAUUAGGAUUGCUUGAAAAUUUAGUAAUUAAUUACAUCUAACUAUGUGACACAAUGAUUAUAUGUCUCCUGAGUAUGCCAUGGAUGAAACCGUUUUAUUUUGUGUUGUAUGUAUCUUAAUUACCCUCCCUACAAAAUAUAGAAUUAACUUAAUU